AUUGAAAGUCAAGAACAGAUUUAUCCCGCAACAACGACAACAAAAGGAGCACUCAAUUCCGUCCAGCGAGGGGUAGACACGAGCCCCAGUAAAUUGCUUUGACAUAUUUGCAUAACUCCUGUCCCCAGAGCCAAUCGUAAGAGAGCAAACAGGGAAGUAGCUGCCCACAACCGAGAAACGCGACCUCUGGCUAUAAAUACAGUCAAAGGCGCAGAUCCUGUAUAAAUACAGUCUUCUGGCUAUCUGCUGAACAGACACACUUCAGUGCAUCACUCCACUCUGGACAACUGGGAUUUCUGAGGACAUUCGUGGUCGUGAGGAUACAACUGUAACCAAUAAAAGAAUGCCUUGCGCUGGAGACACACUGCAAGACCUGCUGCUCUCGGCGAGGAAGCACCACUGCCUGACGGUCGGAGUGUACGAGUCCGCGAAAGUAAUGAACAUAGACCCCGACAGCGUGGCUUUCUGCGUGCUGGCGACCGGCGAGGGGUUCGAGUGCGACAUCGCCCUGCAGAUCCACUUCACCCUGAUCCAGGCGUUCUGCUUCGACAACGACAUCAGCAUCGUCCGCGUGAACGACAUGCAGCGGCUCUCCAACAUCGUGGGCGAGAAGUCGGUGGACCUGGACGACGCGCACUGCGUUCUCAUCACGCAGAGCCCUGCUGAAGGUUCGUGGCAGGACCCGGCCCUGGCGGAGCUGCACCUCUUCUGCGCCGAGAGGCGAAGCCUGAGCGAGUGGCUGCCCGCCGUCUCCCUGCCCAAACGCUGAAACCCGCUCGGGGCGCGGGCUCCUGAUCCGGACCAGAGCUGCGUUAACCCCCCCACCGACCCGCCGGGGGCUCCGUCGUCCCGCCAGGUACGCGCGGGAAUCGCUGACGGAAUUACUACCCGGCGCCCGCCUCUGGAUUACCCUUUCUUUCGGAGAGAGAGAGAGGGGGUCGUUCGUUUGGCCCGACGCGCCGAACCCAUCGAGGAGCCGCCCCGGGGUCCACAGCGGAACGGGGCGACGGAGGGUUUUGAAAACGGGGCCACCCCCCCCAAUAUCUGGAAGGGGUUUGGCCAGCCAGGGCAUCGCUGGGGAGGAGAAGCGGAGAGUUCCACGAGGAGAGUGGGGGAGAAUCCCACGGAGUUAAAUGGACAGUUUUGCUGAACGGGACGACACGAACCGAGUUGCGGAGAGGAGACUCUUGACAGACUUUCGAGAUUAAUUUGGAAAUGAUGGAAGGACUGGCAGAAAGCGUCAUUCAGGAGUCUAUAAAGACUGAUGGUCCACACAAUGAGUGGACCAAGGAAUACACAUUUGACUAUGAAGCCUGAUCCAGAGACAGUGAGUUUAUACUGGACUACAUCAACCAAGGACUGAGAAAACGCUACGCUACACGCAGGAACGCUCUAAGACUGCAGCGUCUGAAUGUGCUUAAUAUGCUUAAUGUACUCAACAUGAAUUUGAAAUAAAUCCCUAUAAAGCUA